AUGAUUUCUUAAUAAUAAGGAAGUAUUCAAUAACAUAAAGCUUUUGCAUUUCCCCAUUAAGAAUGUUAUAAGGAAAAAGAUGAAUCAUUUAUAUAGUCAUAAUUGUCUGAUUUAAAUGUUACUCCAGACAGAAAUUCUCUAAACCUGGGGCUAUAAUCCUAGAAUUUAAACAUAAAAAAACAAAUGAUAAAAUUGCCAAAUAACAAAGUAUUUAAUAUAUGUAUAUAGGUGAAUUAAUUAAUGAGUAGCUUCACACCAAAAAAAUUGAAAAUUUAAUUACAUCAAAUUCCAAAAUAUCAAACUUCAAAUAUUUCUAAAUUAAUUCAAAGAAAUAAACUCAUUAAUCAAUUUAAAAAAAAUAUAUUAGAACAAUCGUAUAUUUUAUAGAAGGAUUUGAAAAGUAAAAUUGAAUCUGUUUUGAAAUUAACCAAAGUGAAGUCUGAAUAAGUAGAUUAUUAAAUCUUAAAUAUAGUUAUAAGAUGAAUCAGACCAUUUAAUCCCCCUAAUGACAUCUAAUAGUCGUUUCUUAUUCUAUUGGGACAUUAUAAAUUUAAUCUUAGACUUUGUAAAUCUAUGGUAUUGUGCAUAUUUGGCUACAAUUUUAAGUUUUUCAACAAAUGACAUUUUAUUAGAAAUCAUACUCUUAAUAAACACUGGUUUCGAAAUUUUUCUAAAUUUUAAUAGGUCUAUAUUAAUAAAUGGAUAAUUUGUUAGAAGUAGAAUGAUAAUAACAGAAACUUAUUUAAAAGGAGGAUUUUUUUUGGAUUUUCUAGGAUUUUUAAUUUGGAUGCUUUAAAUUUUUGUCUAAAGUAGCAAUGUAUACUUUGAGAUAUUAGUAAUAUUUUAAAUAUUUCUGAUUGUUAUAAGAAUAUUUAGAAAAUAUUCAAUUAGUACAUCAUAAUUAUACCUUAAAGAAUAUUAAACAAAUCUUUUAGAUUUAUUUACAUUAUUACUUAAUCUAUACUUUUUUGCACAUAUAGUUGCAUGUUUGUGGUAUUAUAUUGGGGAUAAAACAUAAUAUUUAGGAUAAAGUUGGAUUCUUAAAUAUGAAUUUAGUGAUAAAUCUAAUAGUGAGAAAUAUAAUGCAGCAUUUUAUUGGGCUACAAUGACAAUGGUUACAGUUGGAUAUGGAGAUAUUACUGCUACAAACUUUUAUGAGAUAUUAUUUUCGAAUGUCAUGAUGUUAGUAUCUAGUUGUAUUUUUGGAUAUUCUAUGAAUUCAAUAGGAAUGAUACUAAAUGCAAUUCAAAACUAAAAUUAUAGAUUUAGGUAAAGAAUAAAAUAUAUUUAAGAAAAACUUUACAAUUAGUAAAUACUUAUAUGUAUUCUAAUAAUGUUAAUUAAUCUACUUAACAUAAAAUAAGAAAUUAUUUAUAAUUAUAAAACGAAAGAGAAUCCUAAGAGAAUGUUUAAGCUCUUGAUACAAUUAUAUCAGAAUUGCCAUAAGAAUUGAGACUUGAACUAUAAUAAAAUAUUAAAAAAAAGAUGGUUGAAAAGAUGAAAGUCUUAUAAGGAUUGUUUUCUAAAUCAACAUUAGCAAAUACUGCUUCAAUUUUAACUAAGAAAUUGAUGUUUCCUGGAUAACUUUUAUUCUAAUAAAAUUAAAGCUAAGAUGAUGGUUUAUAUUAUUUAUAAUCAGGAUCUCUCUAAGUAAUAGAGGAGAAAAGUUAAAAUACUUUGAAUUUAAUCACAGCUGGAAAUACUUUUGGAGAAUAUUCAUUUUUUAGUGGAUUUAAACCAUUAGAAACAAUCAAAGCCCUAGAAUUCUGUUAAAUCUAUAAAUUAGAAAGAAAUUAAUUCUUACAGAUUAUAAAAAGAAAUCAUCGAGAUUUUGAAAAAUUUCAUCAAAUGAAAGAUUAAAUAAAUCUAUAUAAAGAUUUCUCUAAAUUAAGAAUUCCAUGCAAUAUUUGCAAAAGCUAUUCUCAUUUAGAUAUUUAAUGUCCUAAACUUACUUAUUAACCAAAUUUUGAAUAACGCUUUAAAAAAUUGCAAUUUCAAAGUGAAAACAAUACUCGAUGUUAAAGGUAAAGAACUAAAUUAAAAGUGAAUACACUUGAUGUACUUAAUACUAUUUAAGUAUCAGUAAAGAGUUAUAUGUAAUAAGAAAUAUCUCAAAUUCUUGGAUAAAAUCCUACUAACAAUAAUGAAUCUCCAACUCAUUUUUAAAAAAUAGAAUUGUAAUCUAAUACACUUAAUUUAAUUGAUAAUGAACCUAUAUAAACUUAAGGUCCUGUAAAAUCAUAAAAUUUGGAAAAUGUUCCAAGUAUUUAAUGCAAAAAUUUAAUUGAUUAUCUUGCUGAAACAGAGGUUAAUUGUCUUAUCGAUUUAGAAAAAUAAAUUUAAAAUGUUUCAAUAGAUAUUGAUAAAAUGUAUCAAUAUACAAAUUAUAUGAUUCAUAAUAAUGCAAAUCAUGUAAUUUAAUAAAUUGGUAAGAAAUUAAGUUAGUAAGAAAAGAGAAUAUUUUAAUAAUAAGGUAGAUAUACAUUUUAUCAUAUUGUUAAGAUGAAAGCAUUAAAGCUUAGAGAUUACAUGA